AUGCGACAGAGGGAAAUGAAACAAAGUCUGUCUAAGAUGCGACAGAAGGAAAUGAAACAAAGGCUGUCUAAGAUGCGACAGAGGGAAAUGAAACAAAGGCUGUCUAAGAUUCGACAGAGGGAAAUGAAACAAAGGCUGUCUAAGAUGCGACAGAGGGAAAUGAAACAAAGGCUGUCUAAGAUGCGACAGAGGGAAAUGAAACAAAGGCUGUCUAAGAUGCGACAGGGGGAAAUGAAACAAAGGCUGUCUAAGAUGCGACAGAGGGAAAUGAAACAAAGGCUGUCUAAGAUGCGACAGAGGAUCACAGAAAUGAAACAAAGGCUGUCUAAGAUGCGACAGGGAGGUGCGAAAUGA